AUGGCUGGAAAUAAUACCGAAGAAGUUGAGGGUACUACGACCACAGACGGUAAAACUAACACAACUGCGGAGAUUCCACCUGAAUUCCUUAUCAAGCACCCAUUGCAAAACACCUGGAGUUUGUGGUUUUAUGACAAUGAUAGGACGAAGACUUGGGAGGAAAACUUAAUUGAAUUAACCACAUUUGACUCUGUGGAAGAUUUCUGGAGACUUUACCAUCACAUCAAACUGCCUUCUGAGCUACGUCAAGGACAUGAUUAUGCUGUAUUCAAGCAAGGCAUACGACCAAUGUGGGAGGAUGAUGCCAACAAAAUGGGUGGCCGGUGGCUAAUCAGUUUAGAGAAAAAGCAACGCAACUCUGACUUGGAUCGAUUCUGGUUGGAUGUGGUUCUUCUGUUAAUUGGGGAAAAUUUCGAUCAUGCUGAAGAAAUCUGCGGUGCAGUUGUGAAUGUUAGGGCUAAGCUUGAUAAAAUUGGUGUUUGGACAGCAGACACAUCAAAGCAGCAAGCAAAUCUUGAGAUAGGCAGGAAGAUCAAAGAGCAACUUGGUAUCCAUGGGAAGAUUGGUUUCCAACUUCACAGGGACACAAUGGUCAAGCACAGCUCUGCUACUAAGAAUCUAUAUACCGUU